AUGACUACUGCACCAUCUGGCAGCAAUUCUACGGACUACUUUAGCUCGCAAGACUCAGAUUUUCUUGAAGCUCUUGCUCAGGCUAUUCUCCCUGGUGACAUUGGCUAUGACUCUCAACUUAACUCGCCCGAAUCGCGCAAAGACGAACAAGUGGAUGAAAUACGGGAAUUCUCCCCACCACCACCUAACCAGCAAGCUUUGAAGGCGCCUCUAAAGCGUAAGCUGGAGGACGAAGCUCAUCAGCACGAUAAGGAUACACAAAAUGAAGAAAUUUAUGGUGCAGCACGGUUUGGAGACUUUGGACAGUAUAUGAGACGGAAGAGGGCGAAGCUACAGAUACAGAAUAAGGAUAUAGCAGGGAAGGCUGGAAUAUUUCAUGGAAUCUCAAUUUAUAUAAAUGGAUAUACAAACCCAUCUAUCCAAGAUCUGAGACAAUUGAUUGUUCAUAACGGAGGGGUCUUUCAGCCUUAUUUGGACAAGAAGAGCAUAGUAACCCAUAUAGUAACCAGUGCACUUACACCUGCUAAAAUUGCUGAAUGGAAGCAUAUGAAAGUGGUUCGCCCAGAAUGGCUUGUCGAUAGUGCUAAUCGUGGGGUACUCCUUCCAUGGAGAGAAUAUAUCUGGAAACCUAUAAACCGCUCGGAGGGUACCCAAGGUCUUCGCUCUGCUACACAAAGCGCCCUGCACCCUGUUAAUCCAACCCCGAAACCCAUUUUGGAAACUCCAUCAGUGGCCUCGACAUCCGACAAACUUAGGGAGCAGGGCGUGCCUUCUUAUGCCGCUCAAGAGUCUAAUCCAUUUGCCCAGCGCGCUAUGCGCAAUUCAGAUUGGCGCGCUGCGCAUACCUCCAUCGCCCCUGACUUUAUAGAUGGGUUUUACAAGAACUCCCGUUUACAUCACCUUUCAUCAUGGAAGGCAGAAUUGAAGGAGUUAUUACGCGAAGCGCAAGAGAGAGCAGAGAGUGGUCAAGAGGAACAAUACAGUCAAAAUGCGGAAGAAGCUGGGAUCGCACCUCAAAUCAUAGGCCAAGGCCUCAGUAUGCGUGGAGCUGGUGUGGUGUUACGAUCUCCCAUCAAAAAUAAAGCAAAACCGGUCGAAACUCGAAGCAACGAUGUGAAAGGAAAGAGUAGAGCCGUGGAGCCUUCCGUGGAGCAGCGCGUCAUCAUGCAUUGCGAUUUCGACUGUUUCUUUGUCGCUGCAGGUUUAACGAAACGUCCUGAUCUGAAAGGAAAACCUGUGGUUGUCUGCCAUUCUCAAGGCAAGCAAGGUGGAGAUGCCAGCACGAGUGAGAUUGCUAGUUCCAGCUACGAAGCCAGGGAGUUUGGAAUUAAGAAUGGAAUGAGCCUACAGCAAGCAAGGAAACUUUGUCCCAGCGUACUCACCAUACCCUAUGAAUUCGAAUUGCUACAAUUCUCUCUCAAAUUCUAUACCGUUCUCAUGAUGCAUGCGGACGACCUUCAAGCAGUAUCGGUAGAUGAGGCUCUAAUAGAUGUCACAAUGACCGUCAACCGUCUUCGAGAAACGUCCAAAUCUGGGAACCUAUCUGGCUUAGUAUUGCAACAGUAUGAUCCAGCAAAAGCACUCGCUGAACGGAUUCGUAGUCAAGUUAGGGAAUCUACGGGAUGCGAAAUCAACAUCGGUAUAUCGCAUAACAUCACUCUCGCCCGCCUCGCAACUCGACGUGCGAAGCCCGCAAAAUCCUAUCAUCUCGUUCCCGGCGAAGUCCGCGCUUUUAUCGCACCCUUGGACAUCGCGGACCUACACGGAUUCGGACGAGCAGCGAAACACAAGGCUUUGGAGAAAUGGGGCACAUCGACUUUGGGAGACCUUGAGGAGAAGAGUAAAGUAACCCUGAGCGCUGUAUUAGGCAAAACAACGGGGGAGACAUUGUACAAUCUAAUCAGAGGAGUGGACGAGAGGAGAUUAGAGAAUGACAAAGAGAGAAAAUCAGUGAGCUGUGAUAUCAACUACGGUAUUCGUUUCCAGAAGAAUGAAGAGGUCAAACUUUUCCUGGAACAAAUGGCAAAGGAAGUCGCUAAUCGUUUAGAUGCGAUCCAACGUUGCGGGCGUUCAAUCACACUCAAAGUCAUGAAGCGGGAUCCUACUGCUCCGGUCGAGCCUCCCAAGUUCUUGGGACACGGUGCUUGCAACGUGUUCAAUAAACAGAUGUCCUUAUCUGAACCUGGAGGGCGACCUAUAGCGACAGGCGAUGAAAAGAUCAUAGCGGGCCACGCAUGGAGAUUGUUGAAGACGUUGAAUUUUGACCCGAAGGAGCUGAGAGGACUGGGUAUCCAGAUUCAAAAGCUCGAGUCGAAGGACGCUUCUAACGUCAAUUCUCACUACUCUGAUAACAAGGGACAGGGGAUGUUUCCAUUUCUCAAGAAUAAGGUUGGGGGAGACGAUACAACCAAUUCCAACUCGAGGUCGGCACACCCCGUUGAGACGACAGGCUUAGACGUUUCAAGGAGAGAUGAGCCAAAUGAUCUACCUUCGUUUUCUCAAGUCGACCUUUCUAUUUUCGAUGCCUUACCUCAGGAAAUUAAACAAGAAUUGGAGAGCGAAUAUAAACGUCGAUCUAUCUCGCCGUUCGUGUAUGCGCCUCCGGACCCUGCUCCUGACCAACCUGCUGGGAAGAUUGUUCCCUUUGCAUUAGGUGCUGCCAGACGGGAAAAACCACCGACGAUACCUUUAUUCCCUCGUAAAGCGUCGGGUGGUCCCGACGUUCGACGAAUAACAGCGCAACUAGAUCCUCGGCGCUCGUCGUUGUCGCCCCGAAAGCCCAAGUACAACCGAUACACGAAACUCCCCGGCCUCGCAUCUUGGAAAGUUCCAGCUAGCGAGUUGUUGAAGCUCGAUAUUGACCCUGAUGUCUUUGCUGUCUUGCCAAAGAAUGUUCAGCGAGAGCAAAUAACCGCUGCGCGUAUGUUGAAGUCUUUGGGAUACAUUCCUCAAAGGGCCGAUGAACGUUUUGAUCUGCGUCCUGUGGAGCCUGAUCCCGGAGAAGUGACUUAUCUUCCACCUCCAAGAGCACGCUUCGUGCAACCUCCAACGUUGAAGCAGGCAGGUUCGAUCCCUGGAGAUAAACUAUACUUUGUCGACACAGAUGAUGUGCAAAGGGUUAUCGAACAGUGGGUUUUUCGGUUCAAAGUAUAUUCUCCCAACAAGCAAGAUAUUGCGUUUUUUGCAAAGUGGCUGGUGAAAAGUGUGGAUAGGGCACAGGCGGGAGAUGAAGGGCUCCUUCGGGCUGUGGCGGUCAUGAAAUGGUGGCUGGUCUUGUUGAAAAGAUGGUGGGGUAAAUAUGAAUAUGGGUUUGGCUACGAUGGGGGUGAUGAAGAUCCCGAGGAGGAGAGGAGGGCGAAUAUCGGGCAGGCUUGGUGGAAUGCUUUUCGGGAAGUUAAGGAGCAAAUGGACGUUGUUGCCAGGCGAAGGUUUGGAGGAAAAUUAUCGCUACGGUGA